UUUUGAUAAAAAAAGAAAAAUCCAUUCCAAGUCCAAUCGGAAUCCACAACGGUAUGCAGCAGCUACGGUGGUAUCACAGAAACAAACAAUUUCAAAAAGUGUCUUCUUCUCUCUUCGUCUGUUCGGUGUUCCUGUUGCUAUCACCGUAGUUUCCUUCAUUAAUCAUUCUCUAUAUGGUGGGUCCCACUAACUCCGAUAUUUGAUGCACAAAUGCCUUCAUAUUCAUGACAGCGAUUGAAAUCUGAAACUUUCAUUUCACAUUAUUAUAUCAUCAAUUUUUGAGAAUAAGAAACAACCUUAACAACAUCAACAUGCAAGCUGUGGGGAGGUUAGGAGGUUACAUAAGACGUGGUGUGUGCAGUGUUUCUGGUCCUUUUCUUCCAUUCGGCGGCGCCGUCGACAUUAUUGUUGUUCAACAGAAAGAUGGUAGCUUCAAAUCAUCUCCUUGGUAUGUUAGAUUUGGGAAAUUCCAGAGGGUUUUGAAAGCAGCUGAAAGGGAAAAGGUUGAGGUUAAUAUUAGUGUUAAUGGAAUUGAAACUGAUUUCUACAUGUGUUUGAAUCCUAAAGGGGAAGGUUUCUUUCUCCAUGCUAAUACACAAGAAGAAGAAGAAGAUGAACGAGAAAUGGAAGAACGAGAAGAAGAAGAGGAUGAGAGAGAAACAAUGUUGUAUUAUGAUGAUAUCCAAUUGAGAGGUAAUAAAAGGCAAUUCAAGUCGAAAAGUUGUAACUUUGAUUCAGAAAGGUUGAGUUCGGAGGCUCGGGUUGUGGAUAGGAUUGGUUCUCGCCGUUCGAGAAUACUUAAGCUUGUACUUGGGCCAAAGUCUGGUGAUGAUGCAGAUACUGAUAUAGAUUUAGUGGAGCGUGCGGAGAUUGCAGCCAAGUUGUUGGAGUUAAAGUGGUCUACAAAUCUCAAUUUUGAUGAAUUUCCUUAUAGGGAAAGAAAGAAAACUCGGGGUGAUAAUUUGGACAAGGAGAAAGGUUGUUCUUGCAAUGAGCAAAAUGGCAUUAGUUCCAAGUCUGAAUCUGGUGAGGUUGCUUGCCUUGCAAGUGAAGCAUGUGGAGAAGUCAAUGUUCUUGGUGAGAUUUUCGACUCUACAACUAUGCAGUUACCUGAGGGUGUAAAAACUGAGGGAGUGACUAAGAAUGUCGAUCUUGGGGUGCCAGUAACAGAUUCUAAUAUUUGUGAUGUGCCGGAUGUUGGAAGCAUUGCAAAGUUUCGAAAAUCUCGAACUGUCAAUAUUGGUCGUAGGGAUCGUUCUGUUAAGAAGGUUAGAGCAAAUACACCAACGUCUGAGCAAUUGGCAUCCUUGAAUCUGAGGGAUGGGAGUAACACAGUAACCUUCUGUUUCUCUACACCUAUGAUGGGGAGGCGGCAGGUUGACGCUCGCAUAUAUUUGUGGAAAUGGAAUACUCGUAUAGUGAUAUCAGAUGUGGAUGGGACAAUUACAAGGUCAGAUGUUCUAGGUCAGUUCAUGCCUUUAGUAGGGAUUGAUUGGUCCCAGUCAGGUGUUGCUCAUUUAUUUUCACAUAUCAAGGAAAAUGGCUACCAGCUAAUUUUUCUUAGUGCUCGUGCAAUUUCUCAGGCACAUCACACUAGACAAUUCCUAUUCAACCUUAACCAGGAUGGGAAAGUCUUACCGGAUGGUCCUGUUGUUAUUUCCCCCGACGGACUUUUUCCUUCCCUAUAUCGAGAAGUUAUCCGGAGAGCUCCUCACGAGUUCAAAAUUGCAUGUUUAGAGGAUAUCAGGGCUCUUUUUCCUCCUGAUUACAAUCCGUUCUAUGCUGGUUUUGGAAAUAGAGAUACUGAUGAAAUCAGCUACCUUAAGGUUGGAAUCCCAAAAGGAAAAAUAGUCAUUAUUAAUCCCAGGGGUGAGAUUUCUGUAAACCGACGUUGUUUAGAAACAAAAUCAUAUACUUCUCUUCAUGCUCUCGUGAAUGGAAUGUUCCCUCCUACAGACUCAUCUGAGCAGGAAGAUCACAAUGCAUGGAAUUUCUGGAAAUUGCCCUCAUUUUAAUAAUUAUUUGAAAGGUUUUUUUUGGCAUUUAUUGCUCAAUCAUCUUGGUGUGGUGCGGAUGGAAGCAGGCUGUGCUUUUCCUAGUAGAACUACAUAGGUGAUGUGUCGCUAAGCCCCAGACAAGAGCAUAGUUCUGUUGUUAACUUGUGCUGGUGGGUUGAUUCAUUGGCAAUUUGAAUUGCAUUACAUGGAUGAAGAAUUCAUGGAAGUACAGGAUACAUUUUGCCCCCAUCUUGCUUCAAACAUUAGAGCUUCUCCCUGCAACUAGAUGCUGUGAAGAUUAGAUACAGCCUUUGUUUUUUUUUUUCCCCAGCAUGCGCUGUGGACUGUGGUGAUCCCAUGAAGAACAUUUAAACAAGUUCAACUGCAUGGCAACAAAAAUCUUUUGAUGAGAAUCCCCACCAAUUUAACACCAUCUCAUGAUUACCAAUGAGUUUCAUGCUUUGUAUAAAUGCAUCUAAUCUUGAAUGACUCUUGAGUUUCAUUUUGCUAACAUGUAAAAAAGCAUCUGCUCCCAUUAUUUAAUUUUUUAUUUGUUUAUUAUGUGUUUCAA